AUAAUAUUAUGGUUUCCCCCGCAGACAUGAGUUGCUGUUCCCGUUUUUAGACUGUUUUAAUCCAUCCUCAUAUCUGUUCUUAGCCCCGGCUGGCCACGCACGACUGACGAAUCUGUCCCACCGUACUGGAUACAUAUUUUGCCUCCUUUACCGUCCUUACCGGCAUACCAUAAAGACUAGAAAUAACCCCGGAACCCACUAAUAGAUACUUACUUCAAUGUUUCGGUUAUAGCAUUUGGCAUCUGGCAUCCUGUGUUGUUAUCGACUAUUUGGACGGGGGAAUAAAGACAUCUCGAAGACAUCUCGGCACUAUAGCUAUCACGCUAAGGCGGCUUUUAAUCACCCAAUAUGAAGACAGCAACGACGAUACUUGCUCUGAUAGCAAGUGUAUUAGCCAUACCAGCAGGCGCACGUAAUAUACCAAGUAGCACCGGCCAGCCUAAAGUUGUAAGCUUGACUACUCAACGACAAACUAUACGAAACCCGGUAAAGCGGGAUCGUUUACGGCGGAGAGAUGGCACAGUUCAGGUUGGAUUAGACAAUGAGGAAACAUUAUAUUUUAUCAACGGUACAUUAGGAACGCCGGCACAGUCUAUACGAAUGCACCUAGAUACUGGUAGCAGUGAUCUCUGGGUUAAUACAGCAUCCUCUGCACUCUGUUCUACGUCAUCAAAGCCCUGCGCUUUUGCCGGAACAUAUACAGCCAACUCGUCUUCUACUUACAAUUACGUUGGAAGUUGGUUUAAUAUCUCCUACGUCGAUGGCUCCGGGGCCACUGGAGACUAUGUCACCGACACGUUUACUAUUGGCGGAACGACGUUGGAGGAUUUCCAAUUUGGAGUCGGGUACACGAGUUCCUCCGAACAAGGCAUUCUCGGUAUCGGCUAUGCUGUCAACGAAGUACAAGUUGGAAGAGCAGGAAAGGCAUCGUACGAAAACUUGCCAAUGAAGAUGAAGUCAGCUGGCCAGAUACAACGAAAUGCUUACAGCUUAUGGUUGAACGAUCUCGAUGCGAAUACGGGGAGCAUUCUGUUUGGAGGAGUGGACACCGCGCAGUACACGGGAAGCCUCCAGACGCUCCCGAUCCAAGCUAACAAUGGCGUCUACUCGGAAUUUCUGAUCACGUUGACUUCUCUGUCGGUGGGCAACACAACUAUCGCGGAUAACCAGGCUCUUGCGGUUCUACUCGACUCCGGUUCCUCGCUCACCUACUUACCCGAUGACAUGGUUGAGGAUAUAUAUGAGGCGGUCGAUGCGCAAUACGAUUCGAGCACAGGUGCGGCAUACGUCCCAUGCUCUUUAGCUCAGCAGACAGCGACUAUGGACUUCGUAUUCUCAGCCCCGACGAUCUCAGUGGAUAUGAACGAGCUUGUGUUGGACCUAGUGACGGCGAAUGGACAACGACCCACAUUCUCAAAUGGUGUGACGGCUUGUCUAUUCGGCAUCUCCCCAGCCGGUACGGGGACUAACGUGUUGGGCGAUACUUUUCUUCGAUCUGCUUAUGUCGUAUACGACCUUGACAACAACGAGAUCUCGCUUGCGAAAACGAACUUUAACACGACGGAAUCCAAUAUCGAGGAGAUCCCUAGUGGCACGGGAAUCCCGAACGCUACUGCGGUAUCCAAUUCCGUAGCAGCGACGUCAGGCCUUGUUAGGGGCACCGGAAAUGGCAAUGCCGGCCUGGGUGACAGCACAACUAAUAGCACUGCACCAACCGGCGCCAGUUUUUCGACGGCGGCCCUAAUGUUGCCUUUCGGAGUGUCUAUAUUGAUCGCGAUACUAUAAAUAUUUUGAAAGGAGAUUUAUACCCAUGGAUAUUGUUCUGAUAGGAUCUUGGAUUGUUGGGCGAUAUUUUUAGCAAGCAUUGCGAGGCGUUCGGGCUUGGGGUUUUUAGGCUCACGUAAAGCCGCUACGA